AUGUGCGCCAGGUGGAGUGCGAGGGUAUUUCCAAAGGCCGCGAAGCAAGAUCUCGAAGAAACCUGGGACAACUGGAUGGCGCUGGAUGGCAAAACCAGGCAAUCGAUAUACAAGAGCCUGUUGGUGUAUUUACUGCACCGCAAGCCCGCUCGCGCCAUGCAAUUCAUUCAAGUGCUAGCUAGCGAUCGGCUACUACGAGCACGCAAAGCAGAUGUCAUCGCAGAUGCCCUAGGCCACCUUGCAAAGCUACACAGCCGAGAUGUUUAUGACGCCAGACACGAGUGGAGUACAGACAAGAGAGCUGUGAAGCGAAAGUUCGUGUCAGAUUUUGUUCACGUCUUCCACCAAGUUCUGGCUGCGCGCCCACGAGUCUGUUCACAGGACCUGCUAUACAACCUUGUGAGCGUUGCAGAAGCCAAGGAUCUCCAGAAGGUACUUACGUGCUUCCUCGAAAAUCGCACGUACCUCGGCUUCGACACUCUCUUGCAUUAUGCGAAUGCAUUCGCCAAAGCUGGAGAUGUUCGAUCUGCAUUACGAUGUCUCGAAGAGCUGAAAGCAGUGAACAGUUCGACGACCUGGGAGACACUGUCUGAUCGAGAACGGCUUCGAUGGUCUUGUGCCUUGAUCCUGCGAAAAAGUAUGAGUAAGGGUCACGAAUACCACGAAACUCCUGCCAUUGUAGAGGCGAUCGUUCGCCUAGGCAUUACGAUGGACCUACUUCUGUAUAACGUCGUUAUGCAUAACGCAAUGGAAGCUCACGAUUAUUCCACUGCCUUCAAGGUCUACAAUACAUUAGAAGGUAACGGACUCAAGGCAGACAAGCACACCUACUCUAUCCUUUUGCACGGGUGCACGUUGCAGGACAAUCCUGCCAUGUUCUCGCAGUUUGCAGAGCAUUGUGCUGAUGUGGCCGAGGAGAUCAGAGAUCCAUGGUUAGCCACAGACUACCUCCACUAUGUCUACGUCAGGCAUCACGACCAUUCAGACAAAGCGCAAACAUUAGCCUCGCUUCAGCAGCAUGGUCCGUCAGAAGCUCCGAAGUUGGAUCCCCCGUCUAUGGCCGUGUACAUCAUGUACCAAGCUCAAAUUCAGGAGGCUCUUACUGGAAGCCCACGACAGAUGGAGGACAUGUAUGCAAGGUUCAAAUACAUCGUGCAGCAGGACAUCGAUCCAGCGCUGACAAGGCUUGCAAACGACGCUAUCAUAUGGAACGCAUUUCUGCUUGCUUUCUGUUCGAAACAACAAUUUGCCAGCGCGUCGCAGCUUAUCAAAGACAUGGCUGAGCACUCGACUCAGCCCAAUAUCUACACCUGGAACAUUUUCAUGCAGGCCUUCUUCAAGACCGGUCAAGUCCAAGCGGCCGAGCGAGUCUUUGAGAUUUUGCGCAGUCGAGGUGUUGAUCCGGACCAAUUUACGUACGGCGUAAUGCUGCGGGGCUACGCCAAAGCGCAACGCGUUGAUCGUAUUGGAGAGAUCAUGCAGCACCUCAAUGCUGACCAGGAGAUGGAACCAGACUUGUUGCGAGCGCUUGCUGGAAUUACGCAGCGGAACAAGCUCAUGUUGACCUUGGAGAGAAGUCGUGUUUACAAGGAGGUUCAGGCGCAGGAGAAGACCAGGCUCGAGGCGGAAGACGAGGAGCAGAGGUGGACCGCGCCGCAACUGGGCGACGUUGAGUCGCCAGCAGACGUUGUUGAGAGGGAAAUUCAAAGCUUUGCCUCGGACGUGGCAUCAUGUGCAAAGCCCACCGAAGCCCCGGCGAGUGCGGACAGGCAAGGUGUACCGGUCACACAAGAAUACGGAGUUGAGCACUUGCCUGAAAUGGAGGCAACGCACCUCAUCAGACAGCAGCCUAGCACCGAAACGGAGAGUGCUGGCAAAUCUCAGCCUGGGGAUAAACUGGGCCCUGUGGUUAUGCCAGAGCCUUCCAGCAAGACUCAGCUUCCUACUGAUCCCGCGUCUGUCGCCAAGCCAAUUCCUACUCCGACGGUAAAAGCGACGUCAUCCAAACAAAAGCCCACCAACACGCGUUCUCGCCCAGCGCGAACACCACAACUAAGGCCGGAGAAUGCACUCGACCCAGACGUCCAAUACAAAAAGCUCCAGGAAAAACUCGGCAUCUUGGCACCUCCAUCCCCGUCCCCAUCUAGCGACGUACAGCCUAACCCCUCGCCCAACACCUCAUUCGGUGCAGACCUCGGCUAUAAAUCCAGCCAGGUAUCGAAGAGCCUGCCAGAAUUCACAUUGCGCAGAAUGUACCCGUCGACAAGGCAGCGAGGAGGAAAGGAGUGA